GGGAAAUGCCUGCAUCCAACAGCCCUUAAGUCCUGGCCUGAAAAGGCUAAAAGAGCUCGCCAUUCCUGAAAGCAGGGGGCUACUCUGGUGGCCCAGGGGUCGGCGUUCCGGGACCCCGAGGGGCACGACCUUUUGGGAGAAUGGGCAGCAGAAUGUACCCAACUGCCGGACUUGCCCUUUGGCGGUGUCUGCUGCUCUUCGUGCUGGUCGGAGUGCUAACUAAGGGAGCACACGCUGCUGCGAAAAAAUACGAUGUGCCCUGUGGAGGAAGAGACUGCAGUGGAGGUUGUCAGUGCUUUCCUGAGAAAGGAGCACGGGGUCAACCAGGACCAGUUGGGCCACAAGGGUAUAAUGGACCACCAGGGCUACAAGGUAUUCCUGGAUUACAAGGACGCAAAGGUGAUAAAGGAGAACGGGGAGCCCCAGGAAUAACAGGACCCAAAGGAGACGUGGGACAAAGAGGUGUUUCUGGAUUUCCUGGUGCUGAUGGAAUUCCGGGUCAUCCAGGUCAAGGUGGACCCCGAGGAAGACCAGGCAGUGAUGGUUGCAAUGGAACCACUGGAGAUGCUGGUACACAAGGACCUCCAGGUUCUGGGGGUUUACCUGGGCUUCCUGGACCACAAGGACCAAAAGGUCAGAAAGGCGAACCCUACGCAUUUUCCCAGGCUGACCGAGACAGAUACAGGGGCGAUCCAGGUGAACCUGGUUUUUUCGGUUUACAAGGACCUCCAGGUCAUCCUGGCAAUCCAGGAAAAAUGGGUCCUGCCGGAGCCCCUGGGCGACCAGGACCUCCUGGACCUCCAGGACCAAAAGGACAACCAGGCAACAGAGGCCUUGGCUUUUAUGGAGAAAAAGGUGAAAAGGGUGACAUCGGACGAGCAGGACCCACUGGACUUCCAUCAGAUGGUGACCGAGCUACUUCCAUUAUUGAUAAUGUAGUGGACCAACCAGACCAAUAUAAGGGUGAAAAAGGAAACUGGGGGGAGCCAGGCUGGAAAGGAUAUUCAGAAAAAGGUGAAGAAGGAAUAGUGGGCUUUCCAGGACAACGGGGUUGGCCAGGCCUUAAUGGUGAACAAGGAGAUCCAGGACAGAAAGGAAUUUCAGGGCCUGCUGGAUUUCCAGGAAGUGAUGGCAUUAAAGGACCAUGGGGAGAUAUAGGUGACCGAGGUCCCCCUGGACCACCUACAUAUUCACGCCACCCCUCCAUAAUGAAAGGUGUAAAAGGGGAGCCGGGAACCCCAGGGGCUCGCGGCCCUGACGGAAGUCCAGGAGAACCAGGAGAGCCUGGCCAGCCAGGCACAUCAGGAUUAGAUGGAGAUGAACGAAGAGGCCUUCCAGGUGAAAUGGGAGCCAAAGGUUUUAGAGGCGAGCCAGGUUUCCCCGCUCUGUACCCAGGACCUCCAGGUAGAGAUGGAAUACCAGGACCUCAAGGACCACCAGGACCUCCUGGCCUACCAGGACCAGAUGGAUUUCUUUUUGGACUUAAGGGAGCAGAAGGAAUUGUGGGUUUCCCAGGCCCUUUGGGGAUCCCAGGGACAAGAGGACAAAAAGGAUGGAAAGGUGACCCUGGAGACUGCAAAUGUGGAGUUCCUUCUGUAGGCCAUCCUGGUCCACCAGGACCCAUUGGUCUUCCUGGUACAAAUGGAGAACCUGGGAGAAAAGGAGAAAUUGGUGAUCCAGGUCCGCAUGGUAUUCCUGGUUUCUCAGGCUUUAAGGGUAGCACUGGCACUCCUGGAUUACCUGGUCCUAAAGGGCAUAAAGGAGACUCUAGAACAAUUACAACAAAAGGUAGCAGAGGUGACCAAGGCACUCCUGGUAUACCUGGUUUGGAAGGUGAAGACGGCUUUCCAGGGCAAGAUGGGCUAGAUGGUUUUCCAGGUCUUCCAGGUCUUCCUGGUGAUGGCAUCAAAGGUAUUCCAGGAGAUGCAGGUUUUCCAGGACUCCCCGGUUUAAAGGGCACUCCAGGAGACAUUGGUCCUCCAGGCCUAGGUCUACCAGGCCCCAAAGGUGCACGAGGCCUCCCUGGUGACCCUGGAUUAAGUGGGAGUCCUGGCUUCCCAGGUCCUCCAGGCCCCCCAGGCACUCUAGGCCAAACAGAUUGUGAUGCAGAUGUGAAACAGCCCAUUGGCCAGGAGAUAAUUCAACCAGGUUGCAUAAGAGCCCCUAAAGGAUCUCCAGGACUGCCUGGACUGCCAGGAUCUCCAGGUACCAAAGGUCAAAGAGGAAUUCCAGGAUUUCCAGGUGCAGAUGGAUUUGUGGGGCUCAAAGGAUUUCAGGGAGAUGCAGGUCGAGAAGGAUUUCCAGGCCCACCAGGAUUUGUUGGACCCAGAGGAUCCAAAGGUGCAACAGGGCUUCCUGGGCUAGAUGGAAACCCAGGCAGUACAGGAGUACCAGGAGCUGUAGGACCUGCAGGACAAAAAGGGCUACCUGGAGAAGUAUUGGGUGCACAGCCUGGUUUCCCAGGAGAUUCUGGAUUGCCUGGAGUCCCAGGGUUGAAAGGAGAACCAGGAAGUAGAGGACCACCAGGAUUUAGAGGAAGCCCAGGAAUGCCCGGAAUGCCUGGUUUGAAAGGUCAGCCUGGAUUCCCAGGUCCUUCUGGUCCACCUGGAUUACCAGGGCCUCCUGGAAUUCAUGGCUUUCCAGGACCUAAAGGCCAAGAAGGACCACCGGGUCUUCCCGGCCCAUUGGGAUUUGCAGGUCUACCUGGUGAUAGAGGGGAUCGAGGUGACAUUGGAGUCCCUGGUCCUGUGGGGAUGAAGGGUCUGGACGGAGAUAGAGGUGAUGCUGGUUUCAUAGGCGAGCAAGGCAGAACUGGGGAACCUGGAUUUCAAGGGAUACCUGGAAUGCCUGGCAUCCCGGGACCAAAAGGUUUCAAAGGAUCUACUGGUAUGGACGGUUUCAAAGGCAUGUUGGGUAUCAAAGGAAGACCAGGAAUCAUUGGAUAUAAAGGAGAGGUUGGCGAUUUUGGAAUUCCUGGUUUGAAAGGUCUAACUGGUGAACCAGGCUUGAAAGGUAGCCGUGGAGAGCCAGGGCCACCAGGAGAACCUCCAAAAAUCCUGCCAGGAAUGAAAGACUUCAAAGGGGAAAAAGGAGAUGAAGGACCUGCUGGUGGGAAAGGAUCUUGGGGCAUAAAAGGUGGACAAGGAAUGCCUGGCAUCCCUGGCCAGACAGGAAUUCCUGGGUUACCUGGGAUACCUGGUCAAAUCAAAGGGGUCAAAGGUGAAAUCGGUAUUCCUGGAGUACCCGGCUUGCAAGGAUUCCCUGGCCAGAUCGGUCCCCCUGGUAUCAGAGGCUUUCCUGGAUUUGUAGGUGUUAGGGGUGACAAGGGUAUGCCUGGACGAGAAGGACUUUAUGGUGAGACUGGAUCUAUCGGAGAUUACGGUGAUGAAGGAGACACUAUAAAUUUACCAGGAAGACCAGGGGUGAAAGGAGAACUGGGCAUAUCUGGCCUUGGAGGUGAAAAGGGAUUCACCGGAGAAAAAGGCACAUCAGGAGACCAUGGUUUCAUAGGAUUGAUGGGCAUAAAAGGAUCUCAAGGCCUUCCUGGACUGAAAGGACAGACAGGUUUUCCAGGACUGACAGGACUCCAAGGACCUCAAGGAGACCCCGGUCAUGCUGGACCUCCUGGUGAAAAGGGAGAUUUGGGAUGGCCAGGGGUUCCAGGCUUAUCAGGUUUCCCUGGCAUCAGAGGAAUCAGUGGACUGCAUGGCUUGCCAGGCACUAAAGGCUUACCCGGAUCUCCAGGUGCAGAUGGCUUUGGGAAUCCUGGUUUCCCUGGCCCUUUUGGUGACAAAGGAGAAAGAGGGGAGCCUAACACAAUUCCAGGCCCCCUGGGAGCACCAGGGCAGAAAGGCGAAAGGGGAGCCCCAGGAGUACAAGGCCCAUCGGGAAGCCCAGGAAUUCAAGGACAUCCAGGAUUCACUGCACCUUCUAAUAUCUCUGGGUUACCAGGUGACAAAGGAGACCCAGGUCUAUUUGGAACACAGGGUUAUCGAGGCUUGCCAGGAACACCUGGACCAUCAGCUCCCCCUGGAAUCAAAGGAGAAGUGGGAAGUCCAGGAUUCACAGGAGAAAGAGGACCCAAAGGGUGGGCAGGAGAUCCUGGACCCCAAGGCAGACCUGGAGUGUAUGGACUCCCAGGAGAAAAAGGACCUAAAGGACAACAAGGACUCAUGGGAUACCAUGGGAUACCAGGAAGCAGUGGUGACAGAGGCCCCAAGGGACCCAAAGGAGACAGAGGCUUCCCUGGCAUUCCUGGUACUGUGGGAUCCCCUGGGAUUCCAGGAAUCCCCUUGAAGAUUGUCUCAGAGCCUGGAGUAGCAGGUCCCCACGGAAGGAGAGGGCCCCCUGGGGUACAGGGAGAGAUGGGUCCCCAGGGCCCUCCAGGUGAUCCAGGUUUACGAGGACUCCCUGGAAAACCAGGACCCCAAGGAAGAGGUGGUAUGUCGGCCCUUCCAGGAUUCAGAGGCGACCAAGGUCUCAUGGGACAUCCAGGACCAGUGGGCCAAGAAGGUGAACCAGGACGACCAGGAAGUCCAGGGCUCCCUGGCAUGCCAGGUCGUAGUGUUAGCAUUGGUUAUCUCCUGGUGAAACACAGCCAGACUGAUCAAGAGCCAAUGUGUCCAGUUGGCAUGAAUAAACUCUGGAGUGGGUACAGCUUACUGUACUUUGAAGGCCAGGAAAAAGCACACAACCAAGACCUUGGACUGGCUGGCUCGUGCUUGGCUCGUUUCAGCACCAUGCCUUUCCUGUAUUGCAACCCCGGAGACAUCUGCCAUUAUGCCAGCCGCAAUGACAAGUCCUACUGGCUCUCGACCACUGCGCCGCUCCCCAUGAUGCCGGUGGCAGAAGAGGAGAUCAAACCCUAUAUCAGCCGCUGCUCUGUCUGCGAAGCCCCGGCCGUGGCCAUAGCUGUCCAUAGCCAAGACGUCUCCAUCCCUCACUGCCCUGCGGGGUGGCGCAGCCUGUGGAUCGGCUACUCCUUCCUCAUGGUAUGUGGUGUUUUUCUGCCCUUUUUCUUGUGGAGGAGAGAAACAGCAAGGAAAUGGUUUGCUAGUGAACCCUCCGAAAGAGUUACCUGAAAUGUGAUGUGUUCUUAGGAGAGAACAAGGUCUAGUGCAGAUUUGGAAUGAGAUCUGGGUCCAUGCCUCACUUCCCCAACUUAUUUAUUUGGUGUAAUCAUGGACAACUCUUCUUAGUUAUAUUAUCUCUAAAAUGUGAGGGUCGAACUAGAUAAUCCCAGAGUUUCCUUCUUGCCCAAAUAUUCUGGGAUUCUUUUACUUUUAAGCUAUGGUUAGUCUUCACAAACAUGAAACUAGGGGGAAUGACCAUGGGUUUCCAGAAGUUAGAUAU